AUGUCCAGGCAAAGGCGAAGUUCAAUGGAUUUUGAGUCAAAACCAGCUGCAUCCAAGUCUGCCAGUUUUAAUUACAGGAGUCUUACUAAAUCCUCACUUAGUGGUGAAAGAACCUUCGGCGCGAGGGGUGCUAGUUCAAGCAGGCCAAGUAAAACAAGCUUGAAGCCCAAAGUUACAACUGGUGAGGAGAAUGGUUUGAAAACUAAGGAUAACAAUCAAAUGAAGGAGGUUGAAAAGAAGAGACCCCAAGUCACUACGAAGCUGAUCGAUGAAACGCAGGUCCCAGAAAUGAAUUCCAGUUCUUCUUCACUUGGCAAACUCCAUAAGACUGUGCCCAAGUCUGAAAGCAGAAAAACUAAAGAGAAGGAUGGAAAGGUUCCAAAGACAGUAAGUAGCAAAAUGAAGGAGAAAGUAAGCAGGCUGUUCAAAACUACUCGAAACUCUGUUAGCACUCCGAAAGAGAUGGUUAAAGGGGUCAUUUCAAGUGCAUGA